GAGUCUCGCGAGAUUAACUUUCGUCCGCGAGUCUCGAGCAGAGGGGGUAGGGCUUCCCCUGCAAUCGUUCCCGUAAGCGUCGAAGCACAAUAACCUUCGUCAAUAUCAAGACAUACAUACGCGCGCGCACACACGAAAACCACGGCGGGAAAAAAACGCUGUCUUCGAAGUUCGGUCUGGUUACAAGAGUAACCUGUGGUUGUUUUUUUUAAUUAAAUAUCCCUCAAAAAGAUGUCGCAGAAGCAAGACGCCGAUCAGUUCUUCGACGGGCGCCAUUAUAGCGAACAUGACGAUCGCACGGGGUCUCAGGCUGUAGACCGGAGGAACAGGGGUCGAGGCCCUAGACUCUACAUGGAUGGGAGGUCGUCGGGGUCCCCUGCACGCUCUAGCGGUGGAGGAGGCAGCAGUGGCGGUGGCGGCGGUGGCGGCGGUGGUGGCGGCGGCAGAAGAAGUGGACAUGGAUAUUUUAGGGGAAAUCGGAAAGGCAGGAAUAACGGUGGUGGCGGUGGUGGCGGUGGUGGCGGCGGCGGCGGCAGGGGAGGUGGAGGUGGGAGAAUAGGUGGCCCAAACCCCCGCUCCCAUCUGAAUGACGAUGAUGACGUGGACAUGUGGGAAGAUAUGCCAAGUUCACGGGCGCGAUUCACACCGUACUCAACCAAUCCCAAUCGGUGGCGGCAGCAGCAGCGGACAGACCACCGGCGCUCGGCUGUUGAGGUCACUUUCCGUCCCGAUUCGACGGGGUAUGGAGGGCGACCGUCACACAGCACAAGCGGAGGCCACAGGGAGCGGUCGUCGUGGUACAAGAUCACGAUUCCCUUCGGGAAAAAGUACAACAAGACGUGGCUUCUGCAGUCGCUGCAGCAGGCUUCCUCCACGCCCUUCACUCCCGUGCAGUUCCACUAUGAAGACAAGCGGGCAGUGUUCCACUUGGAGGACCGCGCGGCAGCCGAAGCUCUGAAGAGCAUCUCGCGGCAGAUAGUGGACACCGACAACUUUAAGGUCGCCGUUGUAAUGAACCAGUCGGGCCCACCGCCAUCGCUCCUUAAUGACCUGAAAGAGGAGGAUCUACAGCACAUCAAGGAAUGUUUAAGCAGAAGAUUUGAACCUGCUGAACAAGCCCUAGACUUGAGUGGAAUAAGAAAUGAUGAAGAGCUUCAGGCCCGAGGCGUUGACUUGGUCAUGAACCGCAAGAGCUGCAUGGACGCGGUGACCAAGAUCAUCAGCGAGAACAUACCCACAAUCAUGUCCCUCAACUUGAGCAGCAAUCGCCUGUACCGGUUGGACGACCUGGCCGAACUGGCCCAGCACACGCCGUCCUUGAAGACCAUGAACCUCUCCAGAAACGAGCUCAAGUCCGAACGUGAUCUGGACCGGAUCAAGGGUUUCAAGCUGGAGGAGCUGUGGCUGAGUGGCAACUCGCUGUGCGACUCCUUCCGUGACCAGUCGGCCUACAUCAGCGCCGUGCGACAGCGUUUCCCCAAGCUUAUGAAGCUGGAUGGACAGGAGCUUCCGCCGCCGAUCGCGUUUGACCUGGAGGCGCCCACAACUUUGCCGCCCACCAGGGAGGGUUACUUCCCCAACGAUGAAAUCAAGAGCCUAAUCCUGCGGUUUCUCACGCAGUACUUCACCGUGUACGAUUCUGCAAACCGCCAGAGUCUGCUCAACGCUUAUCACGACACAGCUUGUUGCUCCAUCACCAUCCCACACAGCCCUCAAAACCCCUCAAAAAGCAGCCUGGGCGAGUACUUCAAAGAGAGCCGGAAUAUCAAGAGGCUGAAAGAUCCAAUCAUGCGGCAGAAGCUGUUGAAGCACACGCGGCUGAACGUGGUGGCAUUUCUCAACGAGCUGCCGCACACACAGCACGACUUGCCCUCCUUCGUCAUCGACGUCAGCGUGCACCUGGCGUCCCUGCUGAACUUCACAGUCAACGGCUUCUUCAAAGAGACCGAGGGGAAAUGCCGUGAGUCAGUGAGGGCCUUCUCGAGGGUGUUUCUCGCCGUGCCGGCCGCCAACGGCGGGCUGUGCAUCGUGAACGACCAGCUGUUUGUGCGCAACGCGAGCACAGAGGAGAUCCGCCGCGCGUUCGUUAUGCCCGCGCCCACGCCGUCGAGCAGCCCCGUACCCACGCUCACGCCGCUCCAGCAGGAGAUGCUGCAGGCGUUCUCCACGCAAUCCGGCAUGAACCUGGAGUGGUCGCAGAGAUGCCUCCAGCAGCACAGCUGGGAUUUCGAGCGGUCGGCACAAAUCUUUACUCAACUAAACACUGCGGGGCAUAUUCCCAAGGAAGCAUUUGUGAAGUGAUCUGGGGGCAUUCCCCCCCCCAACUCAACUCGGUUCCGGACAGAACCUCGCUCACGGUCCAAAAGUUUUCCUUCACGUCGUCGGCCUUUCGUCUCGCGUCCUUUUUGCAGAAUCCUUUUUUUUUUUACAAUGGUGGGGAGGGAAUUAUAUUUAAAAAAAACGAUGGCAACUGUCUCUCCCCCACCCCCCCUCUACUCCUCUUUUCCACUGUACAACCAAGCCAUGCUGGGGCCAUGCCAAAAGCAGCCCAGCACAACUCAGGAGGCACAACGUUGUUUUUCCACUGCAGAAGCGAAGCUGCAUCAUUGACGCCUUACACACACAAGGAUUCAAGACGCGCGUGAAUGACGAGGCGACGCUGUGUCGGGAGUUGCACCAGUGCCACAAUGGACGCAGCGUCGUUAGUCCUGACCCUGGCCCUGCUUGGCCCCGAGCCAGAUCCCAGUGUAGUUAUGGUUUGGUUGAGGGCCCCCCCCUCCUCCUGUGCGGGCUUGGCUCGGAUGUUCCAUUUGCAAAGUGGGAGGGAGGGGCGUACCCUUCCAUCUGACCCACUAUUUAAAACCUAGGCGUACUGCUUGUUUUGAUCUCGACUUUAUUGUAUCAAAAAUUAUUUCACGGCAAUAAAAUAUCCAUCGGUUGAAACUCAGUACAAAAGAGACAGGGAGCCAGUAAUGGUUAGAAUUGCGCGGUUUUUUAUGUUGAUUGUGUAACUAACGUUUUAACAAGUAUUACGUUUGGAAAAUACGAUUGAUGCUUAGUAACGCUUUUAGCUCCCGCAGCGCUUAAAUCGGAGCUCCUCAAACUCCAAACCUCAAAGCCCCCUUCCCCCCCCCCCACUACAGUGCAGAUACCCUUAUUUACCAGUCGAAAGGAUGCCUUAAAUGGUUGUGUAAAGGCUUCAAUAAUUUGAAGAUCACGCGGGAAUGUGAAAAGGCAGAUGGACAGACCAUGAUGGGGAUGAGAGAUCACUGGAGCUUAAGAAAUCUGCUUAAGGAUCCAUGUUUCAUAGAGUUGACACAGGUAUCUUUUUAUUACUGUUAACUUUAACGCUUAACAAAUUGUGCUUUUUUUGAAGAAAACCUGGCUUGUACAUGAGCAAAAGUCAUUGUAUUUACCAAUUAGCAUCGCAAUGAAUGAAAGGCGAGAGGCUUACGUGUUGACUUUUGAGAGUUGUGUGUGUGUAAACGGUCACACUUGGCAGAGUAAAUAUGAAUCUGAGCCAAGUGCCGACUUUUGUGGUGCUUGAAAACCGUCUUCUACUUUACGCCUGGAUGUGAUGCGCUUUUUUUUUUUUAUAAAAAUGUCAGCAUAUGUGGAAACUUUAAAGUUUAUGUAAUUUUCUGAGCAGGGCUGUUUUUUGUUGUUUAAAAUGAGCAAACGACACAAUAAAAUAUUAUCUCUGC